AUGUAGGGGGAUUCUGAUGAAGAUGCAGAGCCCAGUGGUCUCUUCCAUAAUUCUCUUUCUUUAAACCCCUUCAUCCCAGUCAGACAUUUGUAUGGAUAUGACUGUGGCUCUCAUUUGUCAGAAAUAGCCACUGAGUUCUGUACCCAUCGCAGCACAGUUCCCAAAUCAGUCAUCCUUGUCACCCUUACUGAAUCCCUCCACUGGCCACACCAGGACGGUGGAAAAAAAAAACCCAGGCGGUGCCUUUUGUUGCUGAGAAAAAACUUUUGAUCAGCAGAGAAAAUGGACUUCCCUUCAGAUGAGUGAGCAGAAAAAAGAACCAACACUUCUUUUGAUUUGCUCAGGAAAAUGCCCACAUUUGGAUUCAGUGCCAGCAUACAGCACUUGCUUGUUGACACAAUAGAACCGCCGAUUAACCUAUGUGUUCUCCCCUAAAUUCCCGUCCGUAAUGUGGUCCCACUCUGGGCACCUAAGUGGUUAAGUUCUCCAUAGACACUGCACAUAAUUAUUUGCCUUUGUGCCUUCUGCCCAAGGAGAUCUCAUCUUGUAGGAAACUUCUUACUGAAUGGGUUUGUGCGUAAAACCCAGCAUGGUUCGUCUUACUGAGCCUUCUCAUUAAAAUUGGGCUUAUUUAUUGUGUGCAUUCAUUCACCUUUAUUUUCCAUGUUUAAAUCUGGUUGCAGUGAACUUGGAAAUGCAAUGUAUAUGUCUAUUCCUGAGAGCUAGGCCUCUAUUCAUCGGCUCUAUUUUCCAGCAACAUAAAUGGAUCAGAACCAUUCACUAGACUGUACUACUUGUCAUUGUCAUUCAAUGAUUCCGUGUUUUAGCAAUAUGAAAAACCAUUACUUAAAACAAAGAAUCCCCGAUUGAUUGUAUUGAGAGGGUAUUUUGCAUAUAGCCCAGUCCAGGUUGGGUUUCAUUCAUACAGAAAUUGACUUCUGCACAAAAGCCUUUUCUUAAAGCCAUGUAUGAAAAGCUGCAACUGCUCUGGAUUUCUCUGCAGUGUAAAUACACUUCCCUGCUAAAUUCAUUUGCACCUACCAGGCUUUUAUAUUGUUUUCUUCCAACCCACUGUAGCCUUUGCUGCCACAUAACGCUUCUGUAUAGCACAAUGUUUUAGGGAUUAGCUGGAUAUUAGGUAAAUAUAUAUAUAGCAGAUGAUAGACUGACAGAUAAUAUAGAAAACCCAACAGAUAGAUACAUAGAUUAUGAUGUUAGAUCGAUGGAUAUAUAGAUAGAUAGAUGAUAGAUAGAUGAUAGAUAGAUAGAUAGAUAGAUAAAUAGAUAGAUAGAUAGAUAGAUAGAUAGAUAGAUAGUGGAUCAGUGUACAGGAAUCAGUUGAGAAUAUAUAGCUGGGUGAGUGUGGGCUGCACUUAUUAAUAUGGAAGGAUGUAGAAUUGUACAACUGCAUUAGAAUAAUCAGUAGGUGACCGAUUCUGCAUCCACACAUGAUGCAUUUAAUCCUGUUGGCCAGAUAAGGAAUGUAAUGUGCUGGGGGUGUAUAUCUGAAACAUUGUUGCAUUUGUGCAUUUGUGUCCGCUGGAAAAGUUGACAAAGGGAUAGCUGGGGAAUGUGGCUAAAUUUACAGAGUGACUGUAAAAAAAAAAAAAUGGAAAAAAGUUGUGGGUAGUGGAAGUUAUCAAGUGGGAUUUGCGGCGCUCUCUGCAGGGAACGAAAGCUGUUCUAGUUCAAAGCCACAUGAACCGACGUGACAAUAUAAGCCAUUAAAAUAUCAUCCUGACGGCUCAUUUCUGCUUCAUCCUACUUUCCCUAACUGCUUUCAGAAGGGCACAAAAGAAAGAAAUGAGUGAUGAUCGCGCAGGAGCAGCCCUCGAGUCGUAGGAAGAUGUGAAGCUGAUGGUGCAACAGGUGCAGCAGCGGCCCCGCUGAGAGUGUGCGCCAAGUGAGCCCUGACACAUAUAGGAGAAGCCUGCAGAAUGGGCUACUGGACUUUGCAUGUAAUGAGGACAACAUUGGGACUGAGUAAAAACACCAUGAAUAAAGCAAGUAGCUACCCUGGGCACCAUGGGCACCACACGGAAGCUGGAAACCAUCCCUACUUCUCUGGAGCUCCUGAGCAAGCGUCCCAUGCCACCCCAGGUGGCCAGCCUCUGAACGGCCAGAUAAGACUGGGGCUACCUGGAGAUAUGUACACCAGGUCUGAUCACUUCACUCAGCCAGUGACUAGGACAGAUCAUUUUGCCUCUCCUUCUCUACACAGCUACUGUGGCAUGAACCUCAACAUGAACAUCACUCCUCACCACCACGGCCCUGGUGCCUUCUUCCGUUACAUGAGGCAGGCUAUCAAGCAAGAGCUCAUCUGCAAGUGGAUAGAAGAAGAACAUCACCCCAAAAAACUCUGCUCCAAAACUUUCAGCACCAUGCAUGAGCUGGUCACCCAUGUCACAGUGGAGCACGUCGGGGGCCCAGAGCAGUCCAACCACAUCUGCUUCUGGGAGGAAUGUCCAAGAGAAGGGAAACCUUUCAAGGCUAAAUACAAACUGGUCAAUCACAUCAGAGUGCACACAGGUGAAAAGCCUUUCCCUUGCCCCUUCCCUGGAUGUGGCAAAGUGUUUGCAAGAUCGGAAAAUCUCAAGAUCCACAAAAGAACUCACACAGGCGAGAAACCGUUCAAAUGUGAGUUUGAAGGCUGCGACAGACGCUUUGCCAACAGCAGCGACAGGAAAAAGCACUCUCACGUCCACACCAGCGACAAACCCUACAACUGCAAAGUGAGAGGCUGCGACAAGUCGUACACGCACCCCAGCUCCUUGAGGAAACAUAUGAAAGUGCACUGCAAAUCCCCACCUCCCAGCUCAGGCUACGAAUCCUCCAUUCCUUCCCUAGUGUCUCCCUCGUCAGACUCAGGGCAGGACCCUGGGGCCACGUCCUCUCAACCCGAGCCGCCGCCAUCGUCGCAGGGAGCCAACCUGAGCGAAUGGUACGUGUGCCAGGGCACAGCGGCCAGCGGCAUCCCCACUCCGCCCAGCAACACUCCCUCACCUGAGCACAGGAAGCCGCCCUACAGCAACUGGGAAGCCAGAGCCACUUUCUGAAGUUCAGGGCCACAGGCGCUUCCCUUGCACCGACUCAUCACUGACUCACGGACCAAUGUGAAUGGCUAGCAUCCAGGCGCAAGGGAUACAGUGUAGGAUAAACGAUAUCUGCUGUGUUUAAAGUGGAAGUCUUGACUUCUUUGGGUCUCUUUUUUUAAUUAUUUUUAUUUAAUAAAAGCACAAACAGGUGUCUCCCCACUCCUUGCUGAUUCUGCAUAUUGUUCAACAACAAACCAAAGUGUUUUGUUAAGAAUGUGUGUGUUGGCAAGAUAAAUUGCCCAAGGCUCACACUCUCCCGUUGCCCUCUGCUAGCCAAUGGCUCUGCUGUUUUAUAAAGCUCUUUUUGUUACUGCUUUGUAUAAAAAUCCACUUUUCUCAGUGACUACUGCCGAUCAUACUGCAUAUCAAGGUCAUCCCAAGGGGACUGUUUGUUGGGAAAGGAACGAUCCCGAGUUUAGGGUGGCCUUGCAGCUCAUACUAUGAAGUCUGUUUGUUGCAGGAUUGUGCGAUUGUCGUUGUACAGUUACAGGCAAAGAUUCAGCUUGUAUGUGACAUGUUUCCAUGUUAAAGAUACAAUGUGGACGGUGAAUUCUUCAUGUUGUGUAAAUAAAUUUUUUAUUAUUAUUGUGGAAA